GUCCGUUGUGUUUGACGGUGACGUAAUCACGUUAGACUAUUGUCAGCGUCAGGGCACUCAGUGUAUAACGGACGUUUACGUGCCGGCCGGAGGGCGGAGUGCUUUGUUUGCAUUCAAUGUGUCACAUUAAACUGCGGUUUUUGGGGCUAAUUUGUUUUGCAGUAUGGCGGUGUUCAAAAGAGCUAUCCAACUACUUGCACAUUCACGUCUUUAUUUCCUUAGGAUGCCCGUCAGCUCGAUUGUACCGAUAUUACAAUCAACAAAUUCAAUACGUGAACAUAAAAACUCGAAAAUACUUACAUUUAUCUAUGGCUACAAUACACCAACAUAGUCAUCACAUAUCUGUAAUGAAUAAACACUCUUUCGUUUGAGUAUCACCGGUGAUCCGGUUGACCGUGCGGAGAAAUCGAACACGCCCGUCUAAUUUGAAGUCGGAGGAGGGGCGUGUUCGUGCUCUCCGAGCAGCGAAUGAAAAAACCAACAACAUGGACAACCAGCGGGACGUUCAAAAUUCGAAACGAAACUCAAAUUCCACCCUCGUCAUGUCGGGUAGCUCCGCGGUGGCCAUGGAGAUUAAAAGGAAGAAAAUACGACGGAGCGCAUUAUUCCAGGAAGCAGAGAACGCCGACAUUCAAGCGAAGCUGGACUUUGAGGUGCGGAUGCGAGAGGGCGCCUACAAGCUGCUGCGGGCCUGCAGUAAGAGAGAACCGAUGCUCAGCGCCUCCAAGAACCUGCUGACCUGCAACGCCAGGAUCGAGGCGUACAUGGGGCACAUGCAGGAGACCAAGGAGAAGCGCAAUCUGACGGGAGAGCUCAGCAGCGAUUCAGAUGCGCGCGUGCCAUGUCGAGGAACACUUGCUCUGUCUGGACUUCGUAUUCCGCUCAUGUGGAAGGACCAGGAUCACUUCAACAACAGGGGAAGCUCGCGGCGGGUGGCCGUCUUCUGCGUCAUGCGGAUGGGCUGCCAGGUGGUGGACACCAAGAUGGCGGUGGUGGACAGAUCGGUGACGGACGUCUGCUUUGAAGAAGUCGCCGUCUUUGAAGAUGCGCUUCCCGGGUUUACGCUGCGGGUGGAGCUGUGGAGCUGCGCCGCGGAGGACGAGCUCACGCCGGCCAACACGCCGCGGAAGCUGGCGAAGAAGCUGCGGAAUUCCUUGGGCAAGAAGUGGCGCCCUCUGCCGGAUACCCCCGACCCCGACGCCUUCCUCCAGUCCAACCCGCUGCCGGCAGGUGCCGAGUACCAUCUGCUGGCCUACUCCACGCUGACGCUGCCCGCCGCGGAAUGCAGCUUUCAGUCCCACUCGCUGGUCGUCCUCCAAAACUCCGACUGGUCGUCGUGGCUUCCCCUUUACGGCAACCUGUGCUGCCGCUUGGCGGCCCAGCCGGCGUGUAUGACGCAACGCGCCAUGGCCGGAUACCUCGACCUCAAGCCGAGCGCAGAGGCCCCGGUGCCCCGCCGCCUCUUCUGCGUGCUGAGCGCCGCCACCUUGUCGUGCCACUUCGGCCCGGAGGAGCCGGACGCCGAAGCGCGGCCGGCGCUGCGCCUGCCCGUCAAUAAGGACACCCGCAUCCGAGUGAUGGAAAAGCAGUCUGGGGGGGAGAAGUUUCGGAGCCUGUCCAUCAUCAACCCUUCGCCAGAGGGAACCCGGAGCCAGGUCUUCACGGCCGACACCCCGGAGCAGUUGGACCGGUGGCAGGAAGCGCUGCAUCAGCACCUCUACGAUCAAAGUCGGUGGCUGCACUGCUGCGAGCGGCCCGUGACCAUCGAGGCGGCGUCGCCGCGGAAACCGUCGCUCUUCCUCGCCAAGCCGGCCGACUCCGUUUACAACGACCUCAGCAUCAAUUCUCCGGGCAAGUGCGAGAGCGUCACUGACAUCAUCCGCAGCAAGAUCCAGGAGUCCAACGGCCGCUUCCUGAUUGGUGACCGGGAGGCCGGGGAGCCUCCUAAUUGGGCCGCUCUCUUUGACGGCUCCCCCUCGUUUGAAUGGCGGCGGAAGACGGGAGCCGUUCUGUCCCGGAGUCAAACUCGCAGCCCGCUUUCAAGCCCCAAACUGCGCUCCGGCGCCACUCCCGACAGCGGCAAGAAACGGCGUGCGCCGCUUCCUCCCACCGGCCCCGCCGUGCCUCCUCCCGCUCAUAUCCCUCGACCUGAGAGACCUCCUCGUCCUCGUCCUUGUCCUCCUCCUCCUCCCCUCUCACACCCGCAGAAGGAAAACACUUUGCGGGCCAAGUCCAAAACCGGAAGGCGGUCCCUGGAUGCCAAAUUCUCCGCCAUCGUCCAGCAGUUGCAGCACAACGCCAAAUACGGAGGCGGCCUUCCGGCGGCGGGCCGCAAGAACGCGCCGCUCGGCGUCGACGGCGUCGCCGUGCCGAGGAGCCGUCUGAGGGAGUCGUCCCGAGAGAGGAGCCGCCUCAAAGCCGGCCUGGAAAGCUGAAUUGCAAUUCAUCCGGACCAGCCCGUCCAGCGGGAUGCCAUUUUAGGUUUGUCCCGUUCACGAAACGAGAGACGGGACGCGCUCCACACAAAGAUGCCAUUACGACGAGAAGUCUGAGCGGGGGUGUGCUCAAGACCGGACAGCAUUUCACUUUUAAAAGGGGGAGGAACAGAAAUGCAACAGACCCCUCAGGAGAAUUGACGGCCGAUAGAAAUGCAGUCAACACUUUUU